GCCUUUCAUUUGGGUGUCCGUGAGCCCAGAUCCAUUCGGAAGUUCUCGUGGGAGGGAACACAGUGAGGAGUUUCCAAAUUCAGGCAGGGUGCAACCCAAAGGAAAAUGAUCUCCUGCCCGAUCUCAUCCUGAACUGGAGAAUUCCUAUGCGGCUUAGCUAGACUAUUUAAUUUUCCAUCAUGGGAGCGACUGGCUGUCUGAUGCGACAGUGUAAGAUGUGUGUUACAGUGUUCAAAUGGCUUCCGGUUAUUCUUAUAACUGCAAUCCUGUCAUGGUCAUACUACGCAUACGUGAUACAGCUGUGUAUCUUUCGCAUAGAGAACGUCGCCAAGCAAAUUCUCUACUUGUUCCUCUUCCACAUUUCAUUCGUGAUGUUCUUUUGGUCAUAUUGGCAGACUAUUUUCACGAAACCAGGAGAGAUACCAAGGAACUUUUACCUGAACUAUGAAACGAUCGAGAGGCUCGAGAAAGAGACAUCAGAUCAAAGCCAGCAGGCCAUUCUAGAACAAGCGGCUAGGAGUUUGCCAAUCCUUUGCAGGAACUAUAAUGGAACUGUGAGAUACUGUGAAAAAUGUCGCCUGAUCAAACCCGAUCGUGCUCAUCACUGUAGUGUAUGUUCGCAAUGUGUAUUGAAAAUGGAUCAUCACUGCCCUUGGGUGAACAAUUGCGUCGCUUUCGGCAAUUACAAGUUUUUCGUACUGUUCCUGGGCUACGCUAUCGUCUAUUGUUGUUUCGUUGCCGCGACUACUUGCCAAUAUUUCAUUCUAUAUUGGACAAGUAAACAUGAGUCCGUGCGCGAUAGCGCCGGGGACAUGACGACGGAGGGCUUCGAAAAACUUCAUAUCCUAUUCCUGUUUUUCUUGUCCAUCAUGUUUGCCAUAUCGUUGGUGUCCCUAUUCUGUUACCACUGUUAUCUUGUAACUCUAAAUCGCACCACUCUCGAGAGCUUCCGACCGCCAGUCUUCAGAAUGGGACCCGACAAGCGCGGAUUCUAUCUCGGGCGAUAUUCAAACUUCCGGGAAGUUUUCGGGGACAACAAACGUCUCUGGUUCUUGCCCAUUUUCAGCAGCCUAGGUAACGGUGUUGAAUUCCCGACCCGGAGGGAGACCAUGCGAGCAGCUGCAGGCGGUGACGGUGGAGAGAACGGAAACUGCAAUCUUCCGCCACCAUCUCAAAGCCUACAGGGGCAGCCGGCGCACGACUACAACAGUAUGGGAGAAACGAAUAUGGCCAUUAGCGCGAAACAAGGGCCUCAACCUCUAAGCAUGGGAGACGGGCUCUCGUUUCCUCAAAAGACCGAGGACGGCGACACAGCUGGCUUGUUGUCGACUCGGAGAAAGUCGACAACCGAUGACGACUCCGAAGGCGACGACCAAGAGUUGGACUUCCGUGAAGUUCAAGUCAUCAGCCAUAAUGGAAGCGUCCCGAGAGACCACGUGGCGAUAGGAUUCACUGGCAAAAUGUAGUGACAUGAGAUAUGCAGCUCGGUGAAUAUUUUCCGAUUGGAGUAUGGCAAUCUGAAAAACCCAUACACGACAUACGAAGCACACAACGGACCGAUACUUGAAAGACUCGUCGAGAGCAACGCCUGCUAUGUGUCUGCCAAUCUUCCACACUGUUUGAAUCAUAUGAGACAGAACAUGGCAGGCUAGAUUUGCGGACUAUAUUUUUCCUUUAUCCGUGGGAUACGGUGCUCGGAUCUUGAGCGGAAUUCAUUGCAGAUCUCGAGAGGUAGGGGUAUCCGACAAAGUAAAGCGGAAAACGAGGAAUCGAUGUGAUUUUUGAAGCUCUCGGGACUCAUCGAUCCUGAGACAGAGAGAUGUCUCGGCAUCACUGCUACCGAAGACGAGGAAUCCACG